AUGGUAGAGAAUGAGAGAAAUGAGCUAAUUCCUACUCGCACUCUGAUGGGGUGGAGAGUUUCCAUUGAUUAUAGAAGGCUCAACAAAAUUGUCAUAUAUCUAGAGGAUCAGGAGAAGACCACUUUUACUUGUCCUUAUGUCACUUUCGCUUUCAAGCGUAUGCCAUUUUGUCUUUUUAAUGCACUAGCCACUUUCCAGAGAUGCAUGAUGGCUAUUUUCACCGAUAUGGUGGGAAAAUUUGUGGAAGUAGUUAUGGAUGAUUUUUCAGUCUUUGGGUCUUCUUAUGAUGAUUGCAUCAUGUUGGGUCACAGAGUGUCUAGAAGCGGCAUUGAAGUUGAUAAGGCGAAGGUGGAGGCAGUUGAAAAAUUACCUCCACCCAUUUCUGUGAAGGGUGUUCGGAGUUUCUUGGGACACGCGGGGUUGCUUGAAAAAGAUGUAACUUUCAAUUUUGAUGACGCCUGCCUGAAGGCAUUUGAAGAGCUCAAAAAGAAGUUGGUGGCUGCUCCCAUUAUUGUGGCACCAGAUUGGUCCCUACCAUUUGAACUUAUGUGUGAUGGAAGUGACCAUGCUAUCGGGGCACUGUUAGGCCAGAGGAAGGACAAGGAAUUUGAUGUAAAAAUACGAGAUCGAAAGGGCACAAAGAACCAAGUAGCUGACCAUCUAUCAAGGCUGGAAAAUCAUGACCACGUGGAGGAGGGUGGAGAUAUUAAAGAGCUACUUCCUCCUGAAAUUGAAUCUGAAGCUAAAAAGAGGUUUCUACAUGAUGUGAACUUCUACUACUGGGAUGAGCCAUACUUGUUCAAGCGGUGUGCUGAUAAGUUGAUGAGGAGAUACAUUCCAAAAAAGGAGGUGGAAUUAGUGUUGUAUGAUUGUCAUGCAUUACCUUAUGGGGGCCAUCAUGGAAGCGAUAGAACAGCUGCAAAGAUAUUACAAUCCGGUUUCUUUUGGCCAACAUUAUUCAAGGAUGCCCAUGCACUUGUUAAAAAGUGUGACCAGUGUCACAGAACAGGAACAAUCACAAAGAGGCAUUUGAAUAACAUCCUGGAGGUCGAGAUUUUUUAUGCGUGGGGGAUAGAUUUUAUGGGACCAUUCCCAUUGUCCAGAGAAAACAAAUACAUCUUGCUAGCAGUUGACUACGUGUUAAAAUGGGUAGAGGCGAUCACAUUGCCAACAAAUGAUGCCAUGGUGGUAGCUUCUUUUGUGAAAAAGAACAUAUUUCUCGAGGUUUGGGACUCCACAUGCCUUGAUUAG